UAUCAAAAGCUCUGUUUUCUAUAUCAUUGGCUCCGUAUAUAACUUUUGAAAUAUUUUAGACAUAUUGACAUUUGGUAGCGAAAUCCUAUUUUUGUUAUAAAUAUGGGGUAAUAUGGGGUUGAUGCACAAAGGUCUAGGAUAUUUUUAUUCUAGACAUGCAAAAGCAGUCAGACUAAUAAUUUUAUUUCCUUUGUUACAUUAUUGCUAAUUGUAACACACCCUUUCAAUCAACCUUCAUGCAGUAUAUCAAAAAUGACUUCUUGGAUGCUCUAUGAAUGUUACGUAUAUGUUACCUAGAGGCAGCUUUAUGAUAACGCGUCAUAAUCGUGCACAAUAUUAUCAGGAUAUUAAAAACAAUCAAAAGAUAAGCUAUACCUAUUACAAUAAACGCAGUGUUAAUCAUUUCUUAGCCGCGAAACAACAAAAAUGAUAUCCGAGUUCCGAAGAAUGAAAUAUUUGUAUCUCUUUCACGCAUUUUUCGACACAAACUCAAGUGGUACUAUAGACAAAGGGGAUUUUGAAGUGGCAAUUAAAAAUAUAGCAAAAUUAAGAGGAUGGAAGCCCGAUGAUGAUAAAUACAAAGAAACAGAAAAGGCUUUGAUGAACAUUUGGGACUCUUUAGAAAAAACGGCUGACGCUAACAAGGAUGGACAAAUAUCUAUAGAAGAAUGGUUUGCAAUGUGGGAAGAAUUUGCUAAAAAUCCUUCAGAACCCUUCGAGUGGCAGACUCUGUAUUGCAAAUUCAUCUUCGAUCUUGAAGACGCAGGCAGUGAUGGUAUCAUAGAUAGUGAAGAGUUCUCGACAGUUCACGAAUGUUUUGGACUUCUAAAAGAAGAUAGUGAAGCUGCGUUUGCAUUUAUGACCAGAGGAAAGAAAAGUAUUACUUGGGAGGAGUUUCAAGAUCUGUGGAAACAGUAUUUCGUUUCUGAAAGUCCGAUGGAUCCUGGCAAUUUUAUUUUUGGUUCAGCUACUUAUUAA